GGCGGGGCUGCUCCUCUGUGUCCAGGGUCCAGCAGAGAUUUUGGAGAGGGUGGAAGCCCCGAGGCAGCUGAAGCGUGGGACCGAGCCCAGGGCUAGGGUGUGGAGGCUGGGUCCUGCUCUGAGUGGAAGUGUCCCUUUAACAAGGGCUGGCCAGGCUCACUGCUUUGCCUCCUGUUUCGGCUGUGGUUGCAGCUGCCGUGCUGACUCAUGCAGCAGCAGCCAGCAGAGGAGCAGGAGCAUGGGCUCCUUGGGAGCUGUGGCUCACUGGGGGCUUCUGGAUUACAAGACAGAGAAGUAUGUGAUGACCAGGAACUGGAGAGUCGGGGCCUUGCAAAGGCUGUUGCAGCUCGGAGUGCUGACCUAUGUGGUGGGGUGGGCCCUCCUUGCCAAAAAAGGCUACCAGGAAUGGGACCUGGACCCCCAGAUUUCUGUCAUCACCAAACUCAAAGGGGUUUCCGUGACUCAGAUCAAGGAGCUGGGGAACCGGCUGUGGGAUGUAGCCGACUUCGUGAAGCCGCCUCAGGGAGAGAACGUGUUCUUCCUGGUGACCAAUUUCCUAGUGACACCAGCUCAAGUUCAGGGCAGAUGCCCGGAGACUGUGGGGCUGACCCAGAGAGAAGCCACCACUGGGCCAUUGGUGACCAGUGUCUCUUGUCUACCUCAGCACCCUUCUGUCCCACUGGCUAACUGCUGGGCUGACGAGGACUGCCCUGAAGGGGAGACAGGAACACACAGCCACGGUAACUGCAUAAAGACAGGUCAGUGUGUGGUGUUCAAUGGCACCCACCGGACCUGUGAGAUCCAGAGCUGGUGCCCAGUGGAGAAUGGCGCUGUGUCCGCGAGGCCCCUGCUGAUUCAGGCCGAGAACUUCACACUGCUCAUCAAAAACACCGUCACCUUCAGCAAGUUCAACUUCUCCAAAGCCAAUUUCUUAGACACCUGGGACACUGCCUACUUCAAGCAGUGCCACUACGAUUCACUCUCCAGCCCCUACUGCCCAGUGUUCCGCAUCGGGGACCUUGUGGCUGCAGCUGGAGGGGACUUCGAGGACCUGGCACUGAUGGGUGGUGCUGUGAGCAUCCGCGUCCAUUGGGACUGCAAUCUGGACACUGGCAGCUCUGACUGCUGGCCUCGCUACUCCUUCCAGCUGCAGGAGAGGAGCUACAACUUCAGGACAGCAAGUCACUGGUGGGAGGCCCCCGGCGUGGAAGCUCGCAGCAUGCUCAAGCUCUACGGGAUCCGCUUUGACAUCCUUGUCACUGGGCAGGCAGGGAAGUUCGGGCUCAUCCCCACGGCCAUCACCCUGGGCACUGGAGCAGCUUGGCUGGGUGUGGUCACCUUCCUCUGUGAUCUGCUGCUGCUGUAUGUGGACAGAGAAGCCCAUUUCUACUGGAGGACGAAGUAUGAGGAAGCAAAAGCCCCAAAGGCGACUGCCAACCUUUCAUGGACCAAGCCAGUUUUCACACCCCCAAGUCCAGCUGUCCAGAUGCCUUAGAUGGUGCCGCCACCCGCCCCCUCACUCACUGCUUCUGGCCGCCAGACAUCAAUUUUUUUGAGGGUGCUCCUGCCUGGGUUCCAGCGCCCACUUACCUGACUAUCCCUAAGGCCUAUAGCCACCCCCUAUCUGUUGGGGUUUGGGGAACGGGGAUGGGAAAGGGUAGGGGUCCUGGUUUAGGAAACUCAAAGAUGGAGCCCCGGAAGGACUGGGGUGGGAGUUGAAGGGAGGACUCUGCCCUUAAACUUCCAGGAAGAUUGUCCCUCUCGGGCCCAGCCGUGGCAAGGUGCUACCUGGGAAUCCAUAGAAACCAGUUUUGUUUAUAGAAAUGUUUGUGGCACAGGAGCUGUGGAGGUGAGGGAUGGGGCUAUGACUGCAUCAUAGGCAGAGUGCUCAGCCUGUGAGUGCCUCCCUGUCCUUGCGGCAGCCCUUGGCUGUUAUACACAGCUGAGACAGGGUGGAGUCAGUGGUGGGGCUGAGUUGAUGGUCUUGAAUCUUUUGGGGCCUUCGCUGUAUUUCCUUGUAGUCCCCACACCCUAACCCUCUGGAAACUGACCACUAGGUUUCCUGAGAGCCUCAUGGGUGGAAAGGCCAUGGACCUGGGAUUUAUUGCCUUCUAAGUCAUACCUAGGAACCUUUCUGGCCAGCUGCUCAACCUUGCUGAAGGCAUCUGCACAGCAGAGGUCCUGCUCUUAACCUUAGCAGAGUGCGGUGGCUGUAAGGAAUGUCUCUAAUAAAGGACACUGAGACUCACUUAAGGAUGGUCAGGUUCUGGUGCCGGAAUCCUGCCGGUGACCUAAGUCCUACCUGAUAGAAACUUCGUCUGUAUCCCGGAACCCACAGUAGGAUGGGAGGGACAAGACCGUAGAAGCGAAGCCCGCUCUUGGUGCCAGGGUGGGGCAGGGAUUUGGGAGUACCCACCUCAUGGAAGAAGUGAGAGGCUGCUUUCCUCUGGUGACCCGGGGCAUGGUGUGAAGGCCCAGGGCUUGGGCUGAAGCUGGGCUAGCAUCUGGAAUCAUCUGGCACCCACAGCAACAGUAAAUCCUUUGGGGUCUUCUAAUCCCUUGCUGCCUGUAUUCCCUUCUGUGUCCACAGAAGGUGAUCUCCAAAGGGGUAGGGAGGGAAGGCACAGCCCAAAAGGCCUGGCUAUUGGAGGUGGGUCACAUGUACCUGGUUGUCCUUGGGGCUCAGAGAAAGCUGAUGUCCCUGCUGGGUCAGCAGCUUUCUGUGUGCUUCUUACAGGGAGGAGGGAAGGAAAAGGGCCUGCAGUGGACACAGAACAGCCACGAGGACCCAGUUUGGGGAGAAUGCAGCAUGGGCCUAGGGCAGUGGUGGUGAACCUAUUGGCGCACAUGCUGCUGUGGGCGCACAG